UCCCUGUUAAUAUCCGGUUCCCCUUCCUCCGUCCCCUCCAACCGCUCUCCAUCCCGCACCCGUCCAGAUCUAGGGUUUCUCGUCCUCUCCCGCCCCUCUUCCCAACGCCGCCAUCUUCUCCUACGCCGCCGCCGGGCCGUCCAAGCCACCAUGUUUGAGCUGAAGAUGGUGAAGGGAAGCACCUUACAGGGUGUCCUGGAGGCGAUCCUCGACCUGGUCAAUGUGGCCAACGUCGACUGCUCCAGCGAGGGCUUCUCGCUCCAGGCCCUGGACACCGAACACGUCGUCUUCCUCUCGCUCUUCUUCCCCUCCGAGGUCUUCCGGUCCUACCGCUGCGACGAAGACUGCUCCAUGGGCAUCGCAAUCGCCGACAUGGUCGAUUUGCUCCGCGCCUCCAACGAUGGUGACAUCAUCACCAUCAAGGUCACCGACCAAAACUUCGAAGACAUUACCCUAACAUUCGAGUCGCCCGACGAGGCUAAAACUACGGAUAUGGAUUUGCAGCUUGUGUAUGUGGACGCCCCAAGCCAUCGCCUCAAAAUCUCGGAAUGGCACGAUAUGGAGUCGGAGUACCAGGCCAUUUUCUGCAUGCCCUCUGCGCAGUUUAUGUUGAACUGCAAGUCCCUCAGCGUCAUCGGCGACGAUGCUGUAGUUGUCAUCAGGGUGAAUGAGGAGGUCAUCAGCUUCUCUACUAAAGGAAAACGUAGGUGCGUGAACAUUUCCCAUGUGCUGAACAAAACUGACAAGCAUGUUACCCUUACACAUGCGCGAGGGCCAGUUUCAUUGGCCUUGAACCUGAGGUACAUGAAGUCCUGCGCCAAGGUGUCUACCCUGUUUGAUCAAGUGAAGAUCGGUCUCUCCACCACGCUACCUUUGAUGGUCGAGUGCAAAAUUGCAGAGAAGGGCUACAUCAGGUAUUUCGUGGCAACAAAGAACCUAACAGAGGAAGAGGAAGGGAAAACAGAGACCGAAGAGGCAGAGGGAGAGGAAGGGAGGCAACGGAAGAAAGCAAAAAAAAAAUGAUGAAACGGGAGAUGAGAUGCUGGGCUGAUGAAUAAGCAGGGAUCCGUUGCCUACUAUUGUGUGCAAGCAAAAUCGAGUUCUUGUGUUCAAUUAGCAUUGAAGUAUGUGUAGUAAGAGUCUCCUCGUGACAACAUCUCUACUUUUAAGUGUCUUCCGUAUUUUGAACAAACGAUGAUGUCUGUACUAAGGUGCAAUGUAUGAACUUAUGGAUGGAGCAAUCUCAUUUGCGAACCGUUC